CCGCCCGGCGCUCACAUACCCGGGGAGGGCCCGGGAAAGGUGAUCAAUCUUCGCCGGGCGACAUUUCCUAUCAGCUAAACAGCUGGGCGGGCGAAGGGAGGCAGACGCUGCCGCGGCUUCGAGGUAACCCGAAGAGCAGAGCCAGGCGUUUUCGUGGGAAGAGGCAGCGCUGGGCCGGUCUGGCAGCCCCCUCCCCUUUGCGGACAGGAAAAGCCAAUGCCGUCCCUUGUCCGCAGUCCUUGAAGAGCCUCGAUGCGCGUUUUCCUUUUGCCGCAUUAAAACCCGAAGCGACAAGAGCAGGCCGCGCUGAGGGACUGGCUCCCAGGGGCCGCCACCUGAGAGGACAGCAGCGGCGGCAGCAGCGGCGAAAACGACGACGGCGUCCGGCCCGGGCCUCGCGUUGGGCUUCCUGGGCGACCUCCUCCCGGCCGUUAGCAUGAUGUCUUACCUCAAACAGCCCCCCUACGGCAUGAACGGGCUGGGGCUGGCCGGGCCCGCCAUGGACCUCCUCCACCCCUCCGUGGGGUACCCGGCCGCCCCCCGGAAGCAGCGCCGGGAGCGCACCACCUUCACCCGCUCGCAGCUGGACGUCCUGGAGGCACUCUUCGCCAAGACCCGCUACCCGGACAUCUUCAUGCGGGAGGAGGUGGCGCUCAAGAUCAACCUGCCGGAGUCCAGAGUCCAGGUCUGGUUCAAGAACCGGAGAGCCAAGUGCCGCCAGCAGCAGCAACAGCAGCAGAGCGGGGCCGGGGGCGGCGGGGGCAGCGGGGCCAAGAGCCGCCCGGCGAAGAAGAAGGCCUCCCCGGCAAGGGAGAGCUCCGGCUCCGAGAGCAGCGGGCAGUUCACUCCUCCGGCGGCCGCCUCCUCCUCCGCCUCCUCCUCGUCGUCGUCGUCGUUGUCCUCUUCCUCCUCGGCGGGGGCGCCCGGCUCGUCUUCGUCCUCGGCGGCGCCGCUGAGCAGCAGCAGCGCACCUUCCUCGUCGUCCAUCUGGAGCCCGGCCUCCAUCUCUCCCGGCGGCGCGCUGCCCGAGCCCCUGCCGCUUCCCCCCGGCGGCGCCUCCUGCAUGCAGCGCUCGCUCUCCGCCACCGCCGCCGCGUACCCGAUGCCGUACGGGCAGGGCGCGGGGGGCGGGGCCGGAGGGGGCGGCGGAGGGGGCGGCUACGGGCAGGGCUACCCGGCCGCGCCCCCGCCCCCGCCGCCCGCCCCACCCGCCGCCUCCUCCUCGUACUUCGCGGGCGUGGAGUGCGGCUCCUACCUGCCCAUGCACGCCCACCACCCGCAGCUGGGCCCCCCCAUGGCCCCGCCGCACGGCGCCCCCCACCACCCGCACGCCCACCACCCGCACGCCCUGGGCCAGGCCUCCAGCCACCACCACCACCAUCACCACCACCACCACCACCAGCCCCCCGGCGGGUACGGGGCCUCCUCCGCGCUGGCCUUCAACGCCGCCCCCGCCGCCCCCGACUGCCUGGACUACGCCAAGGAGGGCCCCGCCGCCGCCGCCCCGCCGCCCGCCGCCCACUCGCCCUGGAAGCUCAACUUCAGCUCCGCGGACUGCCUCGACUACAAGGACCAGGCCUCCUGGCGCUUCCAGGUCCUGUGAUCCCCCUCUCUCGGAGGGGAGGAAAGGGAGAGGGACGAGGGGAAGGGGCGCCCGCUCCCCGCAGAGACCCACCUAUAUACAUCCCUGCCCUAGACCGCCCCCCUCGCCCCUGCCGUGUGCCAACGCCAGACCC